AGUCUCUUGCUGUCACUUUCGAACUCCGACCACUGCUUGUACUUUUCAACGACCAAGACUCCUUCGAAUUCGUACAUAGAGCUCUUUAACCACUCAACGUUCCCAAACUCGACAUGACCGAAUAUGAUUACCUCUUCAAGGUUGUUCUAAUUGGUGACUCUGGAGUCGGCAAAUCAAAUCUUCUCUCUCGAUUCACUCGUAAUGAGUUCAACCUGGAGUCGAAAUCAACAAUUGGUGUCGAGUUCGCGACCCGCUCAAUCAAUGUCGACGCCAAGACGGUGAAGGCACAAAUAUGGGAUACCGCAGGCCAGGAGCGUUACCGUGCGAUCACCUCUGCGUACUACCGUGGUGCUGUUGGUGCUCUGUUGGUAUACGACAUUGCUAAACAUGCAACGUACGUCAACGUGACGCGGUGGUUGAAAGAGCUCCGGGAUCACGCUGACUCGAACAUUGUUAUCAUGCUUGUUGGAAACAAGAGUGACUUGAAACACUUGAGGGCAGUUCCCACUGAGGAGGCAAAGUCCUUUGCAACGGAGAAUGAACUUUCGUUUAUCGAGACUUCGGCGCUGGACGCAUCAAAUGUCGAGUCAGCUUUCCAAACCAUCCUUACGGACAUCUACCGGAUCGUCUCAAGCAAGUCACUUGAGCAGUCUGCUGACCCCAUCAAGGGACCCACUAGUGAUACUAUUCCUGUAGCGAUUGACUCAUCUACACCUGCAACAGGUAGCAAAUGUUGUUAGAUGGAGCUGCUGUUACGUUUCAUCACUGUAGCCUUUGCUGUAGCAAUCAGGCGGGUGUUUCUGUAGUUCAGCGUGUAUAGUUACAUUUUUCCUUCCUCUUAAUAGGACUCUGCUUUGUGUACCCUUGAGACUGUCGUGGUGAAGCAAGUGACGACAGUUGCUAGUUGUUCUUCUUUCACUUGCAAG